AUGGCGCAUAAACUAAAGAAUAAUCACUACGUCGCUACCCACCGGUCUGGCGUUGAUUCUCCUUCGUCGGGUGGAUUUCCGCACAGAGCAUCAUCACGGGAUGAGAAUGACAGCCAUCGGGCGCCCUCGGAGAGGACUUUAUCGGAAUAUACGGUAAUGGACGAGCGCACGCGCUCACCGUCUGAACGUAAUGGUAGGAGACAUACCAAUGGCUCACCAAGGGCUGACUCUGCUUCGGAAGUCUACGUGACCAGCGCUGCUUACAGACCACCUUCGGAGAUCAGUCGACAAUCUCGUGCGCCAAGAAGUGUGUAUUCAUAUCGUAGUGGUGUGGCGCCAUCUGUCGCGUCUACACAUCGCUCCAAAGUCUCCCGAAAAGCUGGGGUAAAAGUGGACGCUAUGGCCGCUCCAAACCCAUUUUGUCCCAACGUCAAGGGUAUGUGCUGUCUGAUGCUACUUCUGAACCUGGGAUUGAUCCUCGUCACACUGGGUUUCGUUAUAGUACUGCAGUUCUUUGAACCAUUGUUUGUUUGGAUCCUGGGUAUAAUCUUCCUUAUAUUUGGAUUCAUCACACUCGUGGGCAGUCUUAUAUAUUGCGUGGUGCUCUGCCGGGAGAACCCUUACCCGCAGUACCCUGACGACUUCUAUUGGACCCACCACUGGUCCAAGACCAUAGGGCCUUCGGAGAUACACUACAGUGCGAGCGAGAAACCGUACAGACACGAUAGAUAUAAUAAGUAUAACGGUAAAUACUCGGAUAGGGAAAGUGCUAAAUUUUCAGAUAGAGAGAGUAAGCUAAGUAGGUACUAA